AUGAAGAGAGACAUUAACAACACCUGGACGGCUUUUCCAAAUGCCUCAACUCAACCAGUCAGCCCCAAGUUCUUACAAUGGCCAUAUAUUGCUGCUGAAAUAAUGAUUUCCAUCAUUUCCACUUCUGGUAACCUACUGGUUUGCCUUGCAGUAGGAUGCAAUAAGAAGCUCCAAAAUGUCACCAACUACUUCCUGGUCUCGCUGUCCGUAGCUGAUUUCUUUGUAGGCACUUUGGCCAUCCCCUGUGCAAUAAUGACAGAUCUAGGUUUACCCCACCACAACCUAUAUCUUUGCAUUGCCAUUCUGUAUAUGCUCCUCAUGUUAACACAAAGCUCCAUCUUCAGCCUGCUAGCAGUGGCCAUUGAACGGUAUGUGGCUAUUCUACUACCUUUCCAAUACCAAAGGCUUUUGAAGCCAAGGAAUGCUAGGCUAGUUAUAUUGCUAACCUGGUUGCUAGCUUUCCUUGUGGGCUCAGUGCCACUAAUGGGCUGGCAUGGCAGGUCUGAUGAGAUGAACUACUGCUCCUUUGCCUGUGUGGUGGACAUGGCCUACAUGGUGUACUUUAACUUCUUUGGCUGUGUUCUAGUGCCUCUGGUAACCAUGUUUAUCAUUUACACACACAUCUUUGUAACCGUGAGGCGCCAUGUGAGGCGGACUGCAGCCAUGCAGACUGCACUGGAGCUGCAGGCCAGGCAAAACACAGGUAUGCGGGAUGAAGCAAGGAAGGCAACCUCGAUUUUUGUGCUUGUUUUUGUCUUUGCACUCUGUUGGAUACCCUUAUACACAGUGAACUGUGUACAUUUGUUCUGUCCACACUGCAAAAUCCCGCUGCCACUCUCCUUGAUCACCAUCAUCCUUUCCCAUGCAAAUUCAGCCAUUAACCCUCUGCUCUAUGCCUACAAACUGAAAUCAUUUCGUGAUGCCUUCAAAGCCAUCUUUCUCUGCUGUCGAAUGACUUCUCCAGUGCCUGACAGCACAGACAGUAAUGGGACCUCAAGACACAUAGAAACAUAG